UAACGUUAGUAUUCACAAAUUGACUUCCGGUCAUUUACUUUCGGCGGGAAAGACUAACAUCAAGUUACCAACGUUGUAUUCUGGCUACUGUUUGAGUACCGUUUAAGGAACUGUAACCCAAACUUUAAUUUACGCGUAAGCUGUUAAUACUUAAGAGAGCACACAUAUUAACGUUACUAUAGUUAUAGGAAAGGUGCGGUUGCGAACGGUCUAGAUUUAGCAUCUUCUGUAUUAGCUUGAUGUCGGUGUAGCCUACAGUUACAAGUUAAUGCUAGUUAGCUUGAUUGGCUAAUUUGACGUUAAUCGUUAGCAUCGGAGAGCCCUCGGCAGAGGAGGACAUGGCGGCUGGGAAAAUGUGCACAAGGAAGAGCAAGGACGAGACUGCGGAGUGGACCGACUUGUUCAUCAAGGACUUUAAAACACAGCAACAGUCCCUUGUCUUCGUUAAGAGGAUGAUGGCUGUGGCGGUCUCCUCCAUCACCUACCUCAGGGGGAUUUUUCCGGAGGACGCCUACAGAUCCAGAUAUCUGGAAGAUUUGUGCAUCAAAGUUUUACGUGAGGACUGCAACACCCCAGGAUCCAGCAAGGUUGUUAAAUGGAUGAUGGGCUGCUUUGAUGCGUUGGAGAAGCAAUAUCUCCAGAUUGUAUUCAUUGGGGUGUACACAAAUCCAGAUGAACCAAAUUGCAUUAUUGAGUCAUACCAGUUCAAAUUCAAAUACACUGAGAAGGGACCUGAGAUGAACGUACUGAGAAACAACGAUGUGGGGGUGCAGGUAACAUUGGAGGACACCAAGAGAGCCUCAGUGCUGCUCAUCAGGAAGCUCUUCCUGCUUAUGCAGAACCUGGAUGUCCUCCCAAACAACGUAUACCUCAGUAUGAAGCUCUACUAUUAUGAUGACGUCACUCCAGAUGACUACCAACCACCAGGCUUCAAGGAAGGCGAAUAUGACAGCCUCUGGUUCGAAGGCAUGGCUGUGCACUUCAAGGUGGGCGAAGUGCAGACACCAUUUCACACGUUGAGAGUGCGUGUGUCAGCAGAACAAGGCCGGCUGGAGAAGCUUCAUGAAGGGGACCACCUGAGGGAGAGCAAGCAUGUUGCUCAGAGCAAUCCUCCAGACACAGGAAUGAUCAUGGAUUCUCGUACGAAAAUAUACAGCAAAGACGAUCUACCUUCUGAAGAUGAGUCUGCACAGUUCAAGAAACCUCAAAGACCCAUGGCAAAGAGAAAUGCAGUUGCCAAAAAACUGUCAAGGAAGAAAAGAAGAAUUUAGCCACAGCAAUACACAAAGCAAAGACCAACCGCAAUGUGAAAACAAACAUUACAACAAACACCACCAACAACUAUCUA